UUCAGACUUAAUAGCACGGCAUCGUUACCCAAGCCGUUGCAUGCAUACGCUGCGAAUUCUCCGAUCGAUUCAGUACAAGGGCGAAAUGAAACGAUAAUGCAUGAGCUCUUCGUAUGGUUCCCCAGCACGAAGUGUCAGCUGUUCAAGGUCGUCUUCUUUCAACUUCAAUUAAUAAUAAUACUAGUCUCUUGGUCUCUAGUUAAUACCCAGCGAGUGUACUUGAUAUGUCUCCCCUUCCUACCGACAGCAUAAGAAUAUUCUUCUACACCGGACCGAGCACCCGA